AUGGCAAGGAUGCCUUGUUCAGAAGGCCACUUCGCUACAUUCAAAACGGUUUCCAAAAUCCUUCAAGCAGGUUUCUGGUGGCCAACCAUGUUCAGGGAUUCGCAAGCCUACAUAGCCAGGUGCGAUGCAUGCCAACGACUUUGGAACAUCAGCAAGAGGAAUGAGAUGCCACAGAAUUACAUUCUAGAGGUUGAGGUGUUCAACUGUUGGGGAGUCGAUUUCAUGGGACCAUUCCCUUCGUCCUUCAAGAACGAGUACAUCCUCGUCGCUGUUGACUAUGUAUCUAAGUGGGUAGAAGCGAUAGCAAGUCCUACUAAUGAUGCAAAAGUGGCGACUAAGAUGUUCAGCUCCAUCAUCUUUCCGAGGGAGAUCAAGAGCAUUCUCCAGAAAACUGUCAACACUUCACGAAAGGAUUGGUCACUUCUGGACGAUGCAUUAUGGGCCUACAGAACAGCCUACAAAACGCCGCUGGGAACAACUCUCUAUCACCUGGUCUACGGUAAAGCAUGUCACUUCCCUGCCGAGCUCGAAUACAAAGCUGCAUGGACAGUCAAGUUACUGAAUUUCGACAUCAAGCCAGCAACCGAGCGACGCAUGAUCCAAAUCCAUGAGCUGGAAGAGAUAAGGCACCUCGCCUAUGAAAGCUCCAAAAUUUACAAGGAGAAGACCAAGGCCUACCAUGACAAGCGCAUCAUUGCCAGACAUUUCGAACCAAACGAUAAGGUCUUGCUUUUCAAUUCAAGGUUGAGGUUGUUCCCAGGCAAGCUGAAGUCUAGAUGGUCCGGAACCUUCACUGUUAAGGAAGUUCGACCCUACGGAGCUGUUGUGUUACUGGACAGAAAAGGAGACGAGUUCGUAGUGAACGGGCAGCGCUUAAAGCAUUACCUUGCUGACUCCAUUAUCGCAGAGGGCAAAGAAAUUCCCCUAAGCGAUCCCCCAUCAGCCUAA